CAACGUGCGCGCUCCCGAGCCCAAGACGGGCUCGAGCCGUGGCUAGCCGCGGCCACGCUCUCAGAGCCCGGCCCCUAGACAACGAUUGCUCCAAAUCACGUAACCUCCCGAAGAGGACGCCGUUUAACCAAUCACGAACGCCGCGCUGGGCAUCACGGGAGCCACAGGGCUAUAAAAGACCUGGUUACUAUUUUGUGCUCCCGAGUCACCCACACUAUAGGUACGGUGGGGGUGCUCGCUAGCAGUUUUGUGCGCGUGCGUGUUUUCGUGUCAUCCAUUCUACUCCACCUUUAACUGCCACCUCUUUGCGCAUGCGUUAUGGCUUUUCCUUUUCGGGCUCGGGUGAUAGGGGCUGCUAAUGCUGCCUGAUAUUCCAGACGUCCCCCUCCGGAAUACUCGGCGCCUGCGCAGUAGCCGCUGCAGCAACCGCCCCCCCCCCCCCAGGGCAAGGUGGGUGAGCGAGAAGUUGAUUAGCAUGGCGGCUGAAUUUGGGUCCGAGCUGGGCUGGCAAGCUCUGCCCACAGCCGUUCUGGGUGCCCUGAGCACACUGGGCAGCGAGUUCCUGCGCGAGUGGGAGGCGCAGGACAUGCGUGUGACCCUCUUCAAGUUGCUGCUCCUGUGGCUGGUGCUGAGCCUCUUGGGGAUCCAACUGGCCUGGGGGGUGUACGGAAGCACCGUGACCGGCCUGUACCACCGCCCGUCUUCGGGUCUGGGAGGCCAGAAUGGUUCCACUCCCGAUGGUUCUUCCUUGUUUCCUCCGUGGGAAACUUCAGAAAAUGAAUCCAUCAAAACCCAUCGUGAAUGAGGGAAGAAGGCUUCGUGGGCCUGGUUUUCCUGCUGCCUCUACACCAGCAGCCUAUCUUUGUUGGAUUCCUAUCUGCCAAGGGCCCCAGUGACACUUACUGGUUGGGGUUUGUUUCUGGGGAGAUAUCAGUCAAGGGAAUGGUGUAGGUUUGAGGAAAGCAAAGGAAACAAUACUGUGCUCUCGCCAUUUUCCCUUUCUAGAGAUACUUUGCCGUGCUGGGAAAAGACCCAACCCUAUUGGAAGCAUGGCCUGCUGUCUCCUUGCUAGCCUCCCCUCCCUUGUGGCUCCAAGUUACAGUACCUGCUGUGGUCCCUUGACAACUGACACCCUUGGGGCAACCCAUGCCUGGACUGAAUCCAGGAGGGAGGUGGCGGAAAGGAGAACCCUUAGACUUGUUUUCCUCUUCCAGUUCUGAGUACUCUUUAAUAAGGCUGAGAAUCACAGCCAGCACUGUCACUUUGGGGUGCUGCAGUUACGGGGUAGCUUUCUGCUUGUGCGGAUCUGUGGUGAAUUCUCCAAUAGAACUCAUUCUUGAAGGUGGGGUAAAAAAAGGUCCUUUGACCACUUAAUUCCUCCCACCUUCCAGGAGAUCUUUGGGCUAGAGACUUGCCCAGGGCAUGCAUAACUUCCAGUUCCAGCCUUGCAGAAACCUGUCCCCUCCUCCCAGAUAAGCCAGUCGAGUGUGAGCCCCAGGGUGGGGCCAGCCUGGGUCUGAGAAGUGAGACAGGAUUGGACUGGAACAGUUUCCCCAGCUCAGAUGGGUCUAGCCUCAAAGGUGACACUGCAUGUCCUGAUCCACUUAAUACAAGCUGCAUUCUCUUCCACCUAGCACUGUACUUAGAGCUCCCCCCUGUGGGGAUAAUUGACUUCCCAAACAUGUCUAGGGCUUAGGCCUCAAGUAAGGCUUCAGCUUUGAUGGUUGUAUUCCCCAUUGCAUGACAACAGACCAGAUUGGACUCUGGACUUUUUUUUUUACCAGGACAGGAAGGUGAGCAAAGGCAGAAAGAAUGUCUGAUGGAAUUGUCUCCAUUUCCUCCUCUUGCCCUAGUCUGGGAAAACUGAAGAAGAGACGAUAGAUGUGCAGGACCAUGGCCAGCCUGUGGUUUCAGAGUUGCCUGUUUCUUUGGUUGCUCUCAGCUCUUUCAUGUACCCAGAGAGCCUUUGAAGAGAAUAGGGUAGAACAUCCCAUGCUCUUGAGUGGUGCUGGCUCAAUGUAGCCAAAGGACUUAGCAGCAGGGGUCUGGGCAAGGCCAGCACUAGCUUGCAGGAAGGAUGUUUUUCUCUAGGGCCUCAUUGCCCACUAGGCAAUGCUACCCCUUCAUGGCAUAAAUCUGUGAACAAUAAUGUUCUUACCUGCAGAUUGGGUAUUUUGGAGCCUCAUCCUGGGGGAGGGAAGAGCGUAUGGGGAAAGGCCCAGCGAGACGUGAUUUCACAUUUGUCAUCCAGACUCAACAGGCCAGCCAGCUACUACCUCAUCUCUCCCCUUCUCUGGCUCCUCCAUCUUUGCCUUUUCCCCUUUCCCACUGAUGCAGUGGUGCAAACUAAUAAAAGCUUAUGUUUGUGACA